ACUAGCUAUCAACCAAAUGGCGUUGCCUCAUCCGCCGCUGGUGGUGUGCUUGCUCGUGCUGAUCAGCUGCCUUCUCAGCGGCGGCGUUCUCGCCGGUUCGCGGCGGCGCUACCUGACGGCCAGCCUCGACGAGCUGCGUGGAUACAAUGGUCAUCAAGUUCAUUCCCCUCCCCUGACGUCCCCAGCCGCAACAUCUGGCCGCAAGCUCUCGAUCCGAAACUCGGCCGCCGAGAAGCCGGCGGCGCGCGACAUCCACGUCCGAGACAGGGCACGGCUGCGCACCAUCCUCCAGAGGUCGUCGUCCGCGUCGGCCGCCGCCUCCCUCGCUCCGUACGCGUCGCCGCCGACGGCCAUGCCACCCAUUCCGGCCGUGUCGGUGGCGCCGGCGCCGGCACCGGCCGUGACAAUCCCGGACCGCUCGGGGACCUACCUCGACACGCUGGAGUUCGUCGUCGCCGUCGGCCUCGGCACGCCGGCGCAGCCGUCCGCGCUCAUCUUCGACACCGGCAGCGACCUGUCGUGGGUGCAGUGCCAGCCUUGCGGCUCCUCCGGCCACUGCCACCCGCAGCAGGACCCGCUGUUCGACCCGUCCAAGUCGUCCACCUACGCCGCCGUGCACUGCGGCGAGCCCCAGUGCGCGGCCGCCGGCGACCUGUGCAGCGAGGACAACACCACCUGCCUCUACCUCGUCCGCUACGGCGACGGCUCGUCCACCACCGGCGUCCUCUCGCGCGACACGCUCGCGCUCACCUCCUCCCGGGCGCUCACCGGCUUCCCGUUCGGGUGCGGCACGCGCAACCUCGGCGACUUCGGCCGCGUCGACGGCCUCCUCGGCCUCGGCCGCGGCGAGCUCUCGCUGCCGUCGCAGGCCGCCGCGUCGUUCGGCGCCGUCUUCUCCUACUGCCUGCCGUCCAGCAACAGCACGACGGGGUACCUCACCAUCGGCGCGACGCCGGCCACCGACACCGGCGCGGCGCAGUACACGGCGAUGCUGCGGAAGCCGCAGUUCCCGUCCUUCUACUUCGUCGAGCUCGUCUCCAUCGACAUCGGCGGGUACGUCCUGCCGGUGCCGCCGGCCGUGUUCACUCGCGGCGGCACCCUCCUCGACUCCGGCACCGUCCUCACCUACCUCCCGGCGCAGGCGUACGCGCUGCUCCGGGACAGGUUCAGGCUCACCAUGGAGCGGUACACGCCGGCGCCGCCGAACGACGUGCUCGACGCGUGCUACGACUUCGCCGGCGAGAGCGAGGUCGUCGUCCCGGCGGUGUCGUUCAGGUUCGGCGACGGCGCCGUGUUCGAGCUCGACUUCUUCGGGGUCAUGAUCUUCCUGGACGAGAACGUCGGGUGCCUCGCGUUCGCGGCGAUGGACACCGGCGGCUUGCCUCUGUCCAUCAUCGGGAACACGCAGCAGCGAUCGGCGGAGGUGAUCUACGACGUCGCCGCGGAGAAGAUCGGUUUUGUCCCGGCUAGUUGCUGAACGCCAGAUGCGAAUAAUGGGUACUCUUGUGCUUCUGAUUCCCGAUAUGAAUUCUGGAAUAAUGUUUGAAAGGCUUCAAGCCUGCUUGUUUUGUGUGCGUUACUGUACUUGUCUCCCUAUCAGGAAUAAUGUCGAACACUUGAGCUACAUUUGCUGCUUUUGGUUCUGCUCCUUAAGAUAGAAUUCAAAUUUUGUGGCCACAUUUGAAAUUUAAUAUAUUACAUGUGAUGUUUUGAGUA